AGGAGACCAAACGUUAGCCGAUCGCCAAACACAAGACAACGUACAGAGGGAAUUCAGUGAUUCAUUGUCAAUGUCCCAUCUGUCAACUGAGAGGCGACGUGACUCCUUGGGCAUUCAUGUUCAAGAGUUGGCGCCCAAACCAAACUAUGCAGUGCGUCGAAGGUUUUCGGGGCCAUUGCUCCUACCUCCGCUGUCACGCCGCCACUCCACUUUGGAUACCAGGAAGCUGCUGGACCUUGAGGCGCUGUACAAAACUGCCUUGGCUGAAAUUGAGACCAGUAACUUGGAUGUUAUCGGCAGUGAGCGAAGUUUCGAUGUGGAAAAUGGACCGUCAGCUGGAAGAGCACUGGACGCUCAGGUCAGCCCGAGCUCUGGACUGGUUCUGCAGGGGAACUUCCCCCACAGUCAGCGGCGCGAGUCCUUCUUGUACCGCUCUGACUCCGACUUCGACAUCUCACCCAAGGCUAUGUCCCGAAACUCCUCCAGUGAGCUACAUGAAGACAUGAUUGUCACACCAUUUGCACAGGUCCUGGCCAGUCUUCGAACAGUACGAAGCAACUUUGCAGCUUUAACUCAUCUACAAGAUCGGGGAAGUUGCAAACGAUCAUCAGGUAGCAACCCUCCAUCUGUGUGCAAGCAGGGAGUACCAGAUGAGACAUGCCAGAAGUUGGCCAUUGAGACACUGGAGGAGCUUGACUGGUGUCUGGACCAGCUGGAGACGCUGCAGACCCGCCACUCCGUCAGUGAGAUGGCUUCCAAUAAGUUUAAAAGAAUGCUGAACCGUGAGCUCACACAGCUGUCAGAGACCAGCCGCUCAGGGAACCAAGUGUCCGAAUUCAUAGCAAGCACGUUUCUAGAGAAACAACAUGAUCUGGAGAUCCUGUCUCCACCGACGAAGGAGAAGGAAAAGAAGCGGCGUCCUAUGUCUCAGAUCAGUGGACUGAAGAAGCUGACGCACAGUCCGAGUCUGGCACCCAGCUGUAUACCUCGCUUCGGGGUCAACACAGAGAACGAGAACCUGCUAGGCACGGAACUUGAGGACAUGAAUCGAUGGGGCCUAGAUAUCUUUAAGGUAGCAGAGCAUUCAGGGAAUCGACCACUUACGGUGAUAAUGUACACUAUAUUUCAGGAAAGAGACCUGCUAAAAACCUUUAAGAUCCCAACAGAUACAUUCAUCACCUUCGUGAUGACUUUAGAAGACCAUUACCGUGCCGAUGUUGCCUAUCACAAUAACAUCCAUGCUGCUGAUGUAGUGCAGUCCACACAUGUGCUCCUCUCCUCACCUGCUUUAGAGGCUGUUUUUACUGACCUUGAAGUCAUGGCUGCUCUGUUUGCUAGUGCCAUACAUGAUGUUGAUCAUCCAGGAGUUUCCAACCAAUUUCUCAUCAAUACCAACUCUGAACUGGCUUUAAUGUACAACGAUGCAUCUGUGCUAGAGAACCACCACCUGGCUGUGGGCUUCAAACUGCUUCAGGAAGAGAACUGUGAUAUCUUUCAGAACCUAAACAAGAAACAGCGACGGUCACUUCGCACAAUGGUUAUCGACAUGGUCUUGGCUACAGAUAUGUCCAAACAUAUGCAUUUUCUGGCAGACCUGAAGACCAUGGUUGAGACCAAAAAAGUGACCAGUCUUGGAGUGUUGUUGCUGGACAACUACUCGGACAGAAUACAGGUUCUCCAGAACAUGGUCCACUGUGCAGACCUCAGCAACCCCACCAAACCUUUGGAGCUCUAUCGGCAGUGGACAGACCGUAUCAUGAUAGAAUACUUCACACAGGGCGAUCGGGAACGGGACAAAGGCAUGGAGAUCAGCCCUAUGUGUGAUAAGCACACUGCCUCUGUGGAAAAGUCUCAGGUGGGCUUCAUUGACUACAUUGUGCAUCCCUUAUGGGAGACGUGGGCAGACCUGGUCCACCCGGAUGCUCAGGAGAUCCUGGACACCCUGGAGGACAACCGCGAGUGGUACCAGAGCAUGAUCCCUCACAGUCCCUCUCCUACACUAGAGGAUCAGGACUCGCACGGCACUGCAGGAGCCUCGUCGACCGAUAAGUUCCAGUUUGAGUUGACGCUCGAGGAAGAGGAAGGCGAGACGGACUCCGAGAGCCCCCAGGAGGACGAGUGCCCCAAGCCCGACAACUCCACGACUCGAUCCCGCAGGACGUUGUUGUCUCCUAGCAAAGCGGACAAGGACGGCAUUAAAGAAUGAGACUAGUGUAGUAGGUAGCAUUGCCUGUGACUAGCACUGCUGUCCCAAACAUGUGAUGAACCCAGAUCGAUGUGGGCUUGGAAUGAGGAAUGCGCUCCUCAUUACAAAUGAGAUCAUUUCCAUCGUUUAAGACUUGUUAGACACAUUGUCCUGCCAGAUAAGCCUUUUAGUUCUAGCUUAUUACAAAAAGUUUGUGUCUAGUACACAGGUGGCUGUAAAAAACUGUUUUGUGCACUCUGAGCAGAGAUCUAAAGGUGGUUUGGCCUCUUUCUGGCCUACUGACAAAGCAAGGAGGCCUUCGGAGAAAGAGAGUCUUCCUUUAAAUGAUGUACAUGGUAUCUUUAGAGGAAAAUAUAAUAUUUAUGAAAACCUUACAGGGUCUAGGAACAUUUUGCACCAUACCAAUAGAUUAGGACAUUCAUUUAUCUUUUUAAUAAUUCAUUUAGCGUUUUAAUAUUUUAGCCACCUUGAAUUAAUCUGGUAAAUGAAAAGUAACCGUCAUGCCGAAUAAUGGAUUGAAAUAAAAUAAUGACACUAAUAACCUCAGGAUAUUAAUAAUUAUGUAUAUUUAAUGUAGCAAGGUACCCCUGUAUAUUAUCCAGUUUAUCUGUGUUGUACAUUGUUGUUUUGUACAGAAACUUGAAAGAAUGAAACAGAUCGGCCAUAACGUUAAAACCACCUCCUUGUUUCUACACACACUGUCCAUUUUAUCAGCUCCACUUACCAUAUAGAAGCACUUUGUAGUUCUACAAUUACUGACUGUAGUCCAUCUGUUUCUCUGCAUGCUUCAUUCGCCCCUUUCAUGCUGUUCUUCAAUGGUCAGGACUCUCCCAGGACCACCACAGAGCAGGUAUUAUUUAGGUGGUGGGUCAUUCUCAGCUCUGCAGUAACACUGACAUGGUGGUGGUGUGUUAGUGUGUGUUGUGACUUCACUGUCACUGCUGGAUUGAGAAUAGUCCACCAACCAAAAAUAUUCAGCCAACAGCGCCAGGUGGGCAGCGUCCUGUGACCACUGAUGAAGGUCUAGAAGAUGACCAACUCAAACAGCAGCAAUAGAUGAGCGAUCGUCUCUGACUUUACAUCUACAAGGUGGACCAACUAGGUAGGAGUGUCUAAUAGAUUGUAACUGCAGUGCUGAGAAUGAUCCACCACCUAAAUAAUACCUGCUCUGUAGUGGUCCUGUGGGGGUCAAAGUAUGUUUUAUCACUGGCUGUUAACAUGCACACCCACAAAACAAUUACAACAUUUUUCCAAGCAUUAUUUUUAUUUUCCAUUAAAUUUGAAACUAUAAGGUCAAUAGGAGUAAAAUCUCACAAGAACCAAAGAAGCAUCAUGUUACACAACAUGAUGGAUAAAUCAAGCCCUAAAACUAAAUAUCACAUCACUGCAUCUAUUCAUUUGCUUAAUUAAAUUUUGCUGUGCAAAAUUUACCCACUUUGUGUCACUAACAGUUGCUCUGCUGCUUAUCAUGUUUAGUCAGACAUUAUUAACAACAAAUGCCCUUUUGGCCUCUUUGUUAGUCACUUUGUUGUGUUGCUGUUGGUAUAAAGCAGGGUUACUCACAAAACCUGUUUAAUUCAUAUAAUGCUUUUGCUUUGGUUAAAAAUAUGAAAAAUCUUCAUAAAGUUUUCACGUAGCAUAAUUGGUGCUGCUCUUUGGGUGGGAUCAAUGGCUUCACUGUUAAAUAUGUACAGAAGGACACAGUUGAUUAGCGCUCUCCUCCAAGUGUGUUCAUCUUCCUAUUGCUAUUGCAUGAGAUUCAGUUCUGCAGGACUUCCUGGACAGUUUAGUACUAGCCCUCAUCCUCCAGGUUGAAGCUGUCAUGCUAUUAAAAAAACUUAAACUUAAAACUUAAAGUUAAUCAGCUAAACCAGCUGGAAUGCAUUUUAAGGCAAAAUUGUAAAGCCAGGCUUUUUUUUAAGUAUUUCCAUACUUGAAUAGCUUCUCAUUAAGCUUUACAUACAUUUAAACAGAAAUCUGAAGUCAGACAAAACCAAAACUAUUUAUUUAUUUAUUGAUAUUUUACAGCUGAGCCCCCAUCUAGUCUUUUCAAUUACCAGAUUGCAUUUCGUUCCUUUAUACUCCUGCUGACUUCCACUCCUGACCGAGGAGAGCCGUGACUAACACACACCCUCUCCGACACGUGUGCAGUAGCUGACUGCAUCUUUUCACCUGCACGAGGAGAGUUUAUACUGGGUUCAGUCUUACACAUGGAGAGUCAUGCACUGAUCUCCAUUAUCCCCCGUCUCUAUGCAGGCACCAUUGAUCAGCCAGCAGAGGUCGUAAUUGCAUUAGUUAUGAGGAAUCCCCUCCGGCACCCAACUGCCCAACCUGCCGGUAGCAGAGCUCAAGUUUGAGAUGUCAGCUCUAGUGUGCUAGCAUGUUUACCUUCUGUUGUGAUGUGACAUUUAUUUAAGAUAAAGACUAUACAAAUGCAUACAAUCUUUAUAAUGAAAAUUGGGUUUUUUAUUAUAAAGAUUGUAAAUGUUAGAAUUUCUUUGGUCUUUUCAACAAUCCAAACAUUUGUGUUUGCAAACGCAGUGCAAAUUACCUACCAAAAUAAAUAUUUGGUUUUUUUAUUAUACCAUGAUUUUUCAUUUAGUAACUUAGCAGACUGUAUAAGCUCGGGCAAGAAAUUGCAAUGCCCUGACAGAGACCUUUAAAUGAACCAGUAGAGCUGGGUAGAAUAUGCAGUGGUACCAAUUCAUCUUUUUUUUAUCUCAAAUCACCAUGUUUUAUAAAUGUAAUGUCCUGUUUUAUCAUCAGUACUAAAAUCUUACGAACUGUGCACUUAAUUUGGGUGGAAAAACACUGACCUGUUCUUUUAGUUUAAAAGUCUAGGGUUUCAUCAUUAUAGCACUUUUGAAGGGCUAAAUGAAAGCCUCUCCCUGCUGUUCUUUCACAUGUUCUAUUUUACAUGAUUUUAUUUUACAUAGUUUUUAAUGAAGCUUUGUACUUAACUAUUUAUGUGGCCACAUCUAUGGCAGACUGAUAAAUAAAUAUUUAAUUACAAUAUUGAUAGAAUGGUGUAACGAUUAUCCCAUAUUGAUCAGUCUCUACCACUUUUAAUUUUUAUGUUUAAUAAUAAAAAUCUGAAUACAGAAUACAAAUUUUUAGAUGUUUAUUAUAGCACUAAAAGGCUGUUUUUAGGCAAGAGCUGACUAAAUGCAGUGUGCAUAAAUCGAAAAACCCACAUGCACAGUGGGAGAAAGCUUUAGUGCCAUUAGUGAAAUGAUCUGUAUGUUAUUUUCAUGUUCUUGUGCAGUCUUAUGUAUUUUUAUCUUUACUGAUGUGCUAAGUUUCCUCCUCGUUAUUCCAAGUCCUGAUGAUGACAAACUUAUUUAUUCUGUUAAUUUGGUAAUGAAACUGUCUUAUAUGUCAGAGGAAUGUAAGUUCUUCUCUUCUCCAUGUAAAAGUGUUCGCCACUCCGCUACUUGUUUCUGUACCCUCGUGCCAAUUUUAAAGCCAAAAGCUACAGACUACUUCAGGUUGUUCUAUAGAACCAAUGCCAAUAAAUUAACUUAAGCAGUCUAA